AUGAUGGCCGCCAUUUUGGUGCGCGAAAAACCGCGACAAACCCGUGACGAUGAUGAUGCGACCGUGAGUGAAAGGUACGCGAGCAACGGUGAGAACGGUGGGUGGUACGGCAUGGAGCAGGCGCCACAACCGCACGAAAGGACUCCCCAACUGUCCUCGGUGUGGUCGGGGUCGGUGGAGGAGGGGAUGGAGCACGAAGAAAGGGUGAGGAUGGAAGAUGGCCGGAACUACUGCACCGGCGGUCGCUGUUUGGUGGAGGAUCGGCCAAGGGGGAUUGUGACCAACAGUGCGAAGGGCAGGCAUUGGCCAUGGUCAGGGUCGUGUGCCAGGGAUACGUCGCUUCUGGUAGGACUAGUGUUGGUGCUGCUACACACCGUCAAAGUUGAUUGUCGAGCUCCAAAGGAACCUUACUACGGUCGCGAAAUAGGGGAACUGGCCAACUUUGGACAUGGCAUCAAGGGACAUGUGUACGCCGUCGAUGAAUCGACACUGUUUGUCAAAGGAUUCGCCUACGACGGUAACGCACCGGAUGCGUUCUUCUGGGUUGGCAAUUCGCCUCGCCCAAGCCCGGAAGGAUACAUCAUACCAUACCCGGAGGAGUACAGUGGGCGUGAGCCGCCGGUACUGCAACAACACAACAACACGGACAUCAUUCUCAAGCUACCGAUGGGAAAGCGGAUCCGUGACAUUCUAUGGCUGUCGGUUUGGUGUCGCCGAUUUACGGUCGACUUUGGAGAAAUCUUCAUCCCACCCGGACUGGACGUGCCGAAGCCAAGGGUACUGCCGGAGUUCAAGCGUCUGGCGCACGGGCUGCGCUCGAGCAACAUCAGCAUCCUGGACGCGAAAACGUUCUACAUUCCCAACCUGCACUACGACGGUGCUGGCCCGGAUGCAUACUUCUGGGUUGGCAACGGUUCCGAGCCAAACAUCAUGGGCACGAAGGUACCGAACGAGAUCGGUUCGCUCGAACCGCUGCGUGGCUACCAGGGUGAGGACAUCGAAAUACAGCUGCCCGGCAAUCUUACCGUGUACGAUAUCGAUUGGUUGGCGGUUUGGUGCGUCGAGUAUCGGCACAACUUCGGGCACGUUUACAUCCCGAAGGAUUUGGAUGUACCGCCCGCGCUGGGACAGACUAAGAUAGCGCCGCCAUGGUGGUACAAACCGACAACCACAACCACAUCCACGGUAAUAACGCAGCCCACUAGCAAACCGGCGAAUGCCAACUGCAAGGAGCUGCUGCGCGGCAAACUGAACGUCAUGUGGGAAGUGAUGGAUGACUACAUCGUUAUCGAGCUGGUUGGCCGCAUCCAGGAGGACCAGUACAUGGCGUUCGGUAUUUCCGGCAGCCAUGGCCAUCCGCAGAUGAUUGGUGCCGAUGUCGUGGUGGCAUUCUACGAUCGGCGCCAGCGUCGGUUCCGUGCGGAAGACUACUACAUGUCCUCGCUGUCCCAGUGCGACGGGAAGCUGGGUGUCUGUCCGGACGAGCGAAUCGGUGGUAAAAACGAUGUGGAAAUAUUGUCGGGGGAUCGGAGUCACGGUGUGACCAGGAUCAAAUACCGUCGGCUACUGCAGACGAACGAAGCCGUCAACGAUCGGGCCUAUCCGUUGGAUCGCCAGAUAUCGGUGAUUGCUGCGAUCGGGCCGCUGAAUUCGCGCGACGAAGCCAACGCACACUCGCACACCGGCACGGAGGUGACGGUCGACGAUGUACAGAUUGACUUUGCGUCCAAGAACGAUCACACCUGUACGGAUGCGCUCGAUAGCUACCGGGAGGAGAACGGUCCGGAACCGUGGCCAACGCGCACCAUACUGGGGGAGAAGACAAUCACGGCCCGCAUUGGUCCGACCGGUGGGAAGCGGGGCUACACGCCCAUUACCGGACAUCCGUCCUGGGGUAUUGCCUGGUACAUGAACGAUCUGCUGAUACCGGAAAUUUAUGUCGAGCGAGGACAAACGUACACGUUCAUCGUGGAGGGUGGUGACGAGAUGACGCAACCGGCCAACUUUCACCGUUUAUCGCCCUCAGCACUGGAUGAAUUGCGCAGAUAUCACCCACUGUACAUUACCAGCUCGAGCGAGGGAGGCUACGGUCAGCUAAGCGAGGCCAAGCGGCGCCGGGAAACGGUGUACGCCGGCGUAGAAUAUGAUGCCGAUGGGUACGCCUAUCCGACCGCGGCUGGCCGUUACUGCGAAUGGAAGCACAAAACGAUUGACCGAUCGACCGAAAUUGCCACCUUUGAGGAGUACAAGAAAACGCUCCAACUGUCCUGCGACGAUCCGAACGGUCAGCCAGCGUACCUUAACUGGACGGUGGUGGAGGAAACACCCGAUCUGGUGUACUAUCAGUGCUUCACGCAUCGUAAUUUGGGCUGGAAAAUUCACGUCGUCAACCCGGGUGAAACGAGUAAGAUCAGCGGAUCGCAUGGUUUGUAUGGGUCGGGUUCGUCCAUCCUGCUGUACACGCUGCUCCUGCUGGCCCUCACACCCGCUUGGUGGCUGGUGCCGAGACAGCCGUACCGAGGUUUUUGA